AUGGGCGCCGCAAAGAAUAAGUAUUCUGUCAUUCUCCCAACCUACAAUGAGCGGAAGAACCUCCCUAUUAUCUGCUGGUUGUUGGAGCGCACCUUCCGUGAAAACAACCUGGACUGGGAAGUUGUCAUCGUCGACGAUGGCUCCCCCGACGGCACCCUUGAAGUCGCCAAACAGCUCCAGAAGCUCUGGGGCCCCGAACAUAUCAACCUGAAGCCGCGUGAGGGCAAACUCGGUCUUGGAACGGCCUACGUUCACGGUCUUCAAUACGCCACAGGCAACUAUGUUAUCAUUAUGGACGCCGACUUCAGCCACCACCCCAAAUUUAUCCCGGAGAUGAUUCGCAUCCAGAAGGAAACGGACGCCGAUAUUGUCACGGGCACGCGGUACGCCAGUCGCGACAACGUCAAGGGCGGUGUGUACGGCUGGGAUCUAUUCCGGAAGUUUACGUCGCGAACGGCCAACCUCAUCGCCGAUGUCAUGCUCAUGCCCGGUGUGAGCGACUUGACGGGCAGCUUCCGGUUGUACAAGAAGAGUGUGUUGGAGAAGGUCAUCCAUAGCACCCAGAGCAAGGGGUACAGUUUCCAAAUGGAGAUGAUGGUGCGGGCCAAGGCCAUGGGCUUCAAGGUUCAGGAGUGCCCGAUCACCUUCGUUGAUCGGUUGUACGGAGAGAGCAAGCUGGGCGGUUCUGAGAUUGUGGAGUACCUGAAGGGCGUGUUUACCUUGUGGUUGAAGGUCUGA